CCAAGGAGAACUCCUGGUGAGAAUACGUGAUGCUGCUGAUUUCUGUUUUGUAGCGCUGAGUGCGGCAGGUAUAUAAAGCUGCUCGACGGGUCUCCUGUCCACUGACGGGGAGAGGAGACAGGCGGCUGCAACAUGCCAGUGACCGGAGAGCGAAUCCACCAGACUGCAGGCACCUCAUCGGUAUCUUCAACAGACGGAAAGCAUACCCACAUGAACUCCCAGCCCGACAACAGCCACCAGCAGCAGUCUGGUAACGGGUGCAACUACCGGGGUCCAAACCAGAGCCAAAAACCAAAGCAUGUAGACGGACCUGAGACGCAGGCCCUGCCCAUGCCAAUUACAGACCCCCCAAUUCAGUACACUAAGUUGUUCAUCAAUAACGAGUGGUGUGAGUCCCGCAGCGGAAGAAAGAUUCCCGUGCAUGAUCCCGCCACAGGGAAGCUGCUGUGUGAAGUGGAAGAGGCUGACUCCGAAGAUGUGGACAAAGCAGUGAGGAGUGCCAGAGCCGCCUUCCAGAUUGGGUCACCAUGGCGAUCCAUGGAUGCUUCAGACCGAGGUCAACUACUCAAUAAACUUGCAGACUUAGUGGAGAGAGACCGGCUACUACUGGCAACACUAGAAGCUCUGGACUCUGGCAAAGUGUUCCUUAUGGCAUAUUUUGUAGAUCUCAUGGCCACAAUCAAAACCUUGAGAUAUUAUGGAGGCUGGGCAGACAAGAUUCAAGGCAAAACCAUCCCUGUAGAUGGAGACUAUUUCACUUACACACGACAUGAGCCCAUCGGAGUGUGCGGCCAGAUCAUUCCUUGGAACUUCCCUGUAAUGAUGUUUGCAUGGAAAAUUGCUCCUGCUCUCUGCUGUGGGAACACUGUAGUCAUCAAACCUGCUGAACAGACCCCAUUAUCAGCCCUGCACAUGGCUGCGCUCAUCAAAGAGGCUGGUUUUCCUCCAGGAGUGGUGAACGUAGUGCCAGGUUAUGGUCAGACAGCAGGCUGUGCCAUUUCCCACCACAUGGACAUCGACAAAGUAGCCUUCACCGGAUCUACUGCGGUUGGGAAACUCAUCCAGAAGGCUGCAGGUGACAGCAAUCUGAAAAGAGUUACACUAGAACUCGGUGGAAAAAACCCAAAUAUUGUCUUUGCUGACUGUGACUUAGAGUAUGCAGUGGAGCAGGCCCACAGUGGUCUGUUCUUUAACCAGGGCCAGUGCUGCCUGGCUGGAUCCAGGGUGUUUGUAGAGGAACCGAUAUACGAGGAGUUUGUCCACCGCAGUGUAGAGAAGGCCAGAUCCAGUGUCCUGGGAAACCCGUUGCUGCCGGGGGUAGACCAAGGACCACAGAUUGACCAAAAGCAGUUUGAUAAGAUCAUGGAUCUGAUAGAGAGCGGAAAGAGAGAGGGAGCCACACUGGAGUGUGGGGGAUCCGUGUGGGGUCAGCAGGGACUUUUCAUCCAACCCACUGUCUUCUCAAAUGUCACAGACGAUAUGCGCAUCGCCAAAGAAGAGAUUUUUGGUCCAGUGCAGCAGAUCAUGCGUUUCAGUAGCAUCCAUGAAGUCAUCCAGAGAGCCAACGCCACACACUACGGCCUGGCAGCGGGAGUGUUUACUAAUGACAUCGACAAAGCCCUAACAGUCUCUUCUGCUCUGCAGGCUGGAAUGGUCUGGGUGAACUGCUACAAUGCCAUGAGUGCUCAGUGUCCCUUUGGUGGUUUCAAGAUGUCUGGGAAUGGGAGGGAACUGGGGGAAUAUGCUCUCCAGGAGUACACUGAGGUCAAGGCAGUCACCAUCAAACUGUCACGGAAGAACUCAUAAUACCGUCAUAUCCCAGGACCCUCCCACUGUUCAUGCCUUCAGAUCCUUGCCUCUACAUUUUACAACAAUCAGAUGUAUGUUUUGAAUGCAUUGUCGAUUCUGUGUCACUACAGGAACAUUCAUUUCUGACAAGAUAAUUCUAAAAUAUUUCUAUUUUAUUGACUUAAAUGUUGUGUCUCUUUCUGCAACAAUGCAGACUUUCAUUUAUCUAUGUUCUUCCGGUGUACUAUCUCAGAUGUGUAUAACAUUUUAGUGGAUGUUCUCGAUAGUAGUGUCUGUUAUGUGUUAGUUUAAGAGAACCUGUUUUUGCUCAGAUGUACCUACUUAAAUAGCACUUUGCCAGAAAACAAUUAUUUCAAUAGGUGUCAAAAGAUGAAACUAAAAUUAGAAAGUCAUUUUACAUACUAUAUACAGGGAUUUCCGAAUGAAAUCAAUAAAAGUCUUGACCAACAUUGA